CUGAAUGACACUUCAGAGCAUGUAUAUUGGCAUUUUAUAAAGACUCUCGAGAAUUACCGUGUUAAUUUUUUAUUUACUGACUUAAAUACCUCUUUUAAUGCCGAUAUAUUGCUUAUGAUCCUUCUAAUUGACCUCCUUGCUGGGGUCCAUCGGAGAUCGCAGGUCUAGGGUUAGGGAAGCCUCUAUUUCCGAUGUCGAGGGUGUGAUUUUGUAGGAGGUAUUUUUGGACACUGGGUUAUCUUCCCGGCUCCGAAGAUGGCGUCGAAUCCCCCUCGCUGCCGUUCACGGUCGAUACCACCGGCGACAUCGAAAUGGUGCAACCGAGUUUUACGACCCUUGACUUCGGCAAUCCUACGCCUCGAGAAGUAUUGGAAGACUGCCUCCAUUCAACCGCAUGAAAUUACGCACAGUAUAUCAGAGGAGUCCCAGGGGCUCACGUCGAAGUCACGCAACGACGGCGGCCGAGCUAGUGGUUGCGGCGAAACCUCAGACUCGGAGACUGGGAAGGACGAUCCGACGUGGGUUCCAAGAAAUGCCGUGCGCAAGCGUGUUAAGCAUAAAUAUUCUGGCCGCAGGGAAAGUUUGAAUAGCAUCGCAAGAGCCCGAUCGAGGGUUGUUGUUCGGAGCCCUGAGAGGGAGAGAUUACAGCCCGGAGCCUUUACUAUUGCAACCCCGUUGAUUUCCGGAAGCAAAAGCAGAUACAUUGAGCAAGAUUUUCGCGAUGAAACCACUAUACACACGGCGGAAACGCGACUAAAUCCGGCUGGCUCUUCAGCUUCUGUUAAGUCUAAGCCUACUCGCAAUGAGUUUCCGAUUGAUAUUCCCCCUACUGAUAGAGACAUAUAUGGGGAACCUUCGUAUUUUUCGAUUGUUGGAGGAGUUUUCUAUGCUUUUGACACAUUUCUUAAGAUUACUGCGAUAGAUGACGCAAAACUUACGUCCAAGGAAGUCCCCUCCUUGCUUUCUAUGGCCCUAAACAAGACAUCGGAAUAUAUUCUGCAGGAGCAGGAUCGUUUAGAUAACGACGAAGAGAACGACGAAGAUAUAGAUGUGGCAGAUGUCAUCUUCACAGACCUAGAAGAUACUUAUACCUCGACCAACAAAGGGUGGAGACCCUUGAGGACGCUUGUCCGCGCACAUGGUAUUCGUCUAGUUUGCGAAACUAUCCGAAAGAGAUGGAUACAUGCGCAACUUGCCCGAUACUUUGUUUUGAAAGCUCUUGAAAUUCCUGCGAAUCAUGCUGCUGAAGAGCUUCUUGGAGUUAUACAUUAUAUUACUCCGGCAAUGCCGCCUCCAAAAUCGCUUGAUAGCGUGCUGCUUUCCGAACAAAAACAACUCUGGCCGUUAGCGGGUUACAUGAGGAAGUCGUGCAGUUUGGCAGUUUUCUUUCGCGAAAUCUCUUCGUUGCUAAUUCGCGGAGCUCUACCUGCGGAGUGGAUGGCAACAAGUUCAAUGAAGUCCUACGUGAUUGACGCCAUGCAAUCCGUCAUCUCCAACGAUGAGCAUUUGGCAGCCUCAGUUAAAUUUCUUACAGCUGUUGUGCAGGCUUCUUUAGGACUGGUUAAGCCUAAAGGUCCUUCGCCGCUAGGCCUCAGCCCGAACACACUCAACAAGUCCGCCCUAACCUCUAAAUCAAUCCGAGGCGGCUUACGUUCGGGAAAGGAAGCCACAAGCUGGCAGAUGCCUAUCAACGAGGAAGUUAUACCCGAGGCCUUGAAUAAUACUAUUUGCAGUAUAUUUACAGUUCUUUGCAGCGUGCAUGUUGCUCGCUUUGGGACUGGAGCGCUCACCAAGUCUCCUAUGUGGCAUAUUGUCACUCAUGUAACCUCUGUCGUGCAGAGAUAUUUAGAAGAAAAUGUACAUGAAACAAAAGAUGAUUAUAAGGGCCAUGAAAUCCGAAUUGGAUAUGCUCUAGUUACGCAAUACUUGCUUGAGCAUUUGGAAUCUACAGCGGAUUCUCUACGGGAUAGGUCGAGGGCGAGAUCUUCCCCACUCUUUUUGGAUAGUGUUGAACAUUUUAUUCGUUUCAGCCCCAACCGAAAAGAGCUCCUGACAGCGUUAUCGGGGCUGUUUCUUCAGGUGGCGCGUUGUCUUGGGAGAGCACGAGGAAGAAAUAGCUUCGACGUAGUCAAGUCGCUGACCAGACUUUUCACGUCGACAGACUUGAGGCGCUACCCAACAUUUCGUGCUGCUCUCGCUAAGGUAGCAGUAGAGGUAGCACUCAAUUUUGCUGAAUACACUUGUUUACGGGAGCACCACGCGUGGGCUGCUGAGCUUCAAGAAGAAGUGGCCGAAUCUGAUCUGGGCACGCUUGACCACAGGAUGGAGCCUCUCACUCCUUCAUUAUGCCUGAAGACAACCGGGUUUAGGUGGGAAGAUGGGAUUGGGGAGUGGGUUGCGAAAACUCCGUGUGCGAAACGUAACGUCACGAGUCGUGGGAGCUCAGUAAAGGCCCACCAACAGGCAAGAUUGACGAGUGAGAAGACAGGCUCAUCAUCCACUGCGGAUGGUGAUAGUGACUCUGGAUGGGGUAGUGCCGGCGACGAUAAAUCCUCUAUUGAUGAAUUCGAUUCCAGCGUCACGUCAAACUUCUCACCUCCGCCAUUUCCACGGAAAAGGAAGUUUGGCUCAGACGAAAGCGAAUUUGAGGAUAGUGCAGUCUCCGACACGACAUCCGCUUAUCGAAUGAGACGAUGGCGGGAUACAAGUCACAGCACGGGGAAUAGUCGUUAUGAUAAUGUUAUCAACGCAAAGGCCCAUGGUCCAACGACAAGAAAUCAACGUGCGCCUCAAGACGAAAGGAGACCCAAUAACAAAAGAUCAACGAAGGCAAUUUCCAUUGCUAUCGCCGUUGAGCUACCUUCAGCCGUUCCGCGAAAGAGCAGCGACUUUGAAGUCGUAAUUCACACAAAUGACUUCAAAGGCGGCGCGGAGUCAGUUUCAACGGGAGACAGUAACAGCGGAGAGACGGUCGAUGAUGAUGAUGACGUUAUAACGACCAGUGCUCCAACUCUUUAUGAGCGUAAUCGAGACAAGAGACCCCGCCAUUCAUAUCCGCAAGUGGUAUUGCAUUCUUCCAAGUAUAUAUCACAAUCCGAAGUCCAUUUUCCUCGUCGUUCUUCUGCUAGAUUAGCGAGUCGACAACGGCAACAAAACGUCAUCCCCUGUUCGGAUGGUGAUGACUCUAGCGAUGACGAAUUAAGUUUUCUCUAAGAACCCAUUUAACAAUAUCCAUGUCUCUUUUCAGCAUAACAGCAACCGGCAGCAUGACAUUUGCAUUUUGUUUCUUUUAAUGAUACCCCGUCUUUUUCUUUUAGUAAAAAUUAGGAGCACCUGCAUUGGAGUCCUGGUUUUUUUGAUAUUUGUUCGCUAUCUUCGGUGCUCGCCCUAGUGCUGCGGAGCUCUGAGGUUUUGUAUUAUCAGUCAAGUACCCUUGGAGUGCGGACCUUUUGAAAAUGGCUUGCUAUCCGUGGAGUAUUGGAUGCUAUUUUUGUAUCAAUAAAUUGGGUAAUCGGCCGUCCGCUCGAGCCCACAUCUUACGACCAUGAAACGUGAUCCUUAAACACGGCACGGUAGCACAAACAAACCUAUACUUUCUCUUGAGCAAAUUGUUUGGCAUGAGAUGGUAUAUUUACCUGUUACGCACCCAUUUUAUUGUUGGAUAUUCUGACUGGUUAGAGGCUUUGGAGACAAGGCUUAUCCGCUCCCUGACUCCUGGUUCAUAACAACUGCCGUAUAAAGGCGACUGGGAUCCAACCAAACAAAUAAGCCACCAGGCCGCAAGGCAUAUUCCGAGCGGG